AUACCACCUGACACAUUUUCUCAACAGCGAGAGUGACAUUUGUUAUCCCAGUUACCAUAUAUAACUAACAUUAAUAUUAGCAUUGUGCCUAAGCUUAGCUUAUCGUUUCACCUUAAUUUGUGAAGUACGUGGGACAGCUCCAGCCCUUUUACACUUCUUUUAUGCUGUUUCUGAUUUGAAACCGAGCAGCAACCAUGCAUAUUAAAGAGGAGACGAUAUCCAUUUUAAAGCAGUUUGACAUUGGAAACAAGUUCUCCUAUCUACCGGUGCUACCCAAAGCCUCAGUGCUGAUCCCACUGUUUGUGAAGAAUGGAGAGCUGCACACCUUGAUGACCCUGCGUUCAAAAGAGCUGAGGACCAGUGCUGGUGAGGUGUGUUUCCCUGGUGGGAAGAGAGACCCCAGUGAUAGAGAUGAUGUGGACACAGCUUUGAGAGAGGCAGAGGAGGAGAUAGGUCUACCACCUGAUGAUGUUCAUGUGAUCUGUAGACUGUUCCCUAUCAUCAAUAAGAGUGGUCUGUUGGUGACCCCGGUGGUUGGCUUCAUAGAUGAAUCAUUUUGCCCCUGUCCAAACCCAGCUGAGGUCAGUGCUGUGUUCACAGUCCCUCUAGACUUCUUCACCAGCGAAGAACACUACACUGCCUAUGGUGCUGCUGAGAUGGUGGGAACGUUGCACUUUUUUCAUUUUGUGGACCCUGUCUCAGGAAGCCAGUAUCAGAUAUGGGGCCUGACUGCCAUGUUGGCCAUACUGGUUGCUGCUCUUGCGCUCAGGAAAAAACCCAAAUUUGAUGUUGGUUUUGACUCUGAGGAUCCGUUAUCCUUCUUUCAACAGAUUCUACAUAGAAGAACGAGUAAACUAUGACCAACUGUUUUCCAGAUGCUAGUAAUGCAUUUGUGCCAAUACAAAAUACCUGAAGCCAGAUUUGUUAUGUGAUUGCUGUGUAUUAAUUGUUUAGAUAAGACUGCAAUGUGGAACUUUACUUAUAUGUAAUAUUUGUUUGAAGAGAUUAAUAUAAAAACCUUUCAGAACUGUUUACAACUAGCAAAUCUAAAAUUUACAGUGGGGAGAAAAGAAGCAAAUAAAGACAUUUAAAUUUUUA